CGCACGCUAGCUCGCACGAGACUUGCAACCUGAGAGGUCGCAAAGUGAAGACAGCGAGAUGGCGUUAAAAAUGGACACAUUGUUCUUGGAACUUACAGUAAUUGUUGGUUAUCUUGUCUGGUCUCCUGUUUAUGGCAAAGAAACCAAGUGUAAAGAAGAAUUUGAGAUGGCAUGCGUCAAAAGAGUGAUCUGUGAAUUCAAUGAAAAGAUCAUUGACGAGAGGAGAGAAUUUAUGAUUGAGUACAAACGUCCAGGGCAAACUAGAGAAGUCAUCGCAGCCUGCCAGUGGCGCAAUGAACAGUUUUCUUGUGACCCGGUGAAAGGCAUCUUGUGUGAGGCACAGCCAGGCAACAACUUUACUGUCCUGAUAGACACUAAAGAAAAAUGUCUAACAGAUGGAGAAAUUCAAUUUGAUGUGGCCCACGAACAACUUAUCCGGUGUGAACUGUCAAGAGAUAAAAGUGCUUCCAACAUCAAAUUGAACGUGACGCAGGCAAAAGGAACAUCUGGCAGUGGAGCUGAUGGAAACAGUGUGACUGUUGGUGUCAUUGCUGGUGUUGUUAUAUGCUUGCUUGUUACAUCUGUCAUCGCUGCAUUUUGAUUUUGGAAAAGAUCAAGGCAGGACACUUCAAUUGUACUCCCCUUGUGCAUUAGGAGCCCUGCAAACAAAACUGCAGUGUAAAAAACGAAAAUAGCAACUCAUUGCUUAUUCCCGCGCCAUUGCAGGCUGCCGGUUACUCAAUUCGACAUUGUACUCAGCCGAAAAAGAGAACAAAACAGUAUAUAUUUAAAUAUAUAUUUACAUUUUCAUGUAUAUUCUAAUAACAUAUAUGCUUGUUUGGUUUUUUCCUGUGGAUAU